CAAUGGGCCGGACCGUGGUCGUGCUGGGCGGUGGCAUCAGCGGCUUGGCCGCCAGUUACCACCUGAGCCGGGCCCCCUGUCCCCCCAAGGUGAGUGCCCCAUCGCGCCAGAGGGACCCCCUUUAAUACUCUCUUCCCGUUUCCGGCUGAAGGGAGGGCGCCACAUCUUCCCUUGCGGACCCUUCACCCCGCGGCUAUAGGCCUUGCGGCGUGUCUCCCCCCUGCCGUCCCCAGGUGGUCCUAGUAGAGGGCAGCGAGCGUCUGGGAGGCUGGAUCCGCUCGGUCCGAGGGCCAGGUGAUGCUGUCUUUGAACUUGGACCUCGAGGAAUUCGGCCCGCGGGAGCCCUGGGAGCCCGUACCCUGCUCCUGGUGAGAGGAUGAUGGAAUGCCCAGGAGGGCUUGCAGAUGGGCCGUCACCAGAGGACAGACUUGGGAGGAAGUGCUGGUGGGCCAGUCCUUUCCUUAGUUUCUCCUCUUCCUGAGGGUGUAUGGAGAGCAGGUUUCUGAGCUUGGCUUGGACUCAGAAGUGUUGCCUGUCCGGGGAGACCACCCAGCUGCCCAGAACAGGUUCCUGUACGUAGGUGGUGCCCUGCACGCGCUGCCCUCUGGCCUCAGUGCAGGGGGCUCUUCCGUCCUUCACCUCCCUUCUCCAAACCUCUGUUUUGGGCUGGGCUGAAGGAGUUGACCACGCCCAGGGGCAAAGACCCUGAUGAGACCGUGCACAGUUUUGCCCAGCGCCGCCUUGGACCCGAGGUGGCGUCUCUCGCCAUGGACAGUCUCUGCCGAGGAGUGUUUGCAGGCAACAGCCGGAAGCUCAGCAUCAGGUCCUGCUUUCCCAGUCUCUUCCAAGCUGAGCAAACGCAUCGUUCUGUUUUACUGGGGCUGCUGCUGGGGGCAGGGCGGAGCCCGCAGCCAGACUCGGCACUCAUUCGCCAGGCUCGAGCGGAGCGCUGGAGCCAGUGGUCACUGCGGGGAGGGCUGGAGAUGUUGCCCCAGGCCCUUAACACCCACCUGACUAGUAGGGGCGUCACUGUUCUCAAAGGCCAGCCUGUCUGUGGGCUCAGCCUCCAGGCAGAAGGGCGCUGGAAGGUAUCCCUAGGGGACGGCAGUCUGGAGGCAGACCACGUGAUUAGCGCUGUUCCAGCUUCAGUACUCAGCGGGCUGCUCCCUGCCCAGGCCGCACCUCUGGCCCGUGCCUUGCGCGCCAUCCCUGCCGUGUCCGUGGCUGUGGUGAACCUCCAGUAUCGAGGAGCUCGUCUGCCUGUGCAGGGAUUUGGACAUUUGGUGCCGUCCUCAGAAGACCCAGGCAUCCUGGGAAUCGUGUAUGACUCAGUUGCUUUUCCUGAGCAGGACGGGAGCCCCCCGGGCCUCCGAGUGACUGUGAUGCUGGGAGGGUCCUGGUUACAGACGCUGGAAGCCAGGGGCUCCGUCUUAUCUCAAGAGCUGUUCCAGCAGCGGGCACAGCAGGCAGCUGCCGCCCAGUUAGGACUGAAGGAGCCCCCGAGUCACUGCUUGGUCCACCUGCACAAGAACUGCAUCCCCCAGUAUACACUAGGCCACUGGCAAAAACUGGAGGCAGCGACCCAGUUCCUGGCUUCUCAGAGGCUGCCCCUGACUCUGGCUGGAGCCUCCUAUGAGGGGGUUGCCGUCAAUGACUGUAUAGAGAGCGGACGCCAGGCAGCAGCCCGGGCCCUGGGCUCAGAACCUAACAGCUGAUCCCCACCUCCUCCUGGCCAUGCUGGCGGCACCUCUUUACCCACAAAAAUAAAAGCUGGAGCUUGGCUGGA